GUCCCGCAUCCCGCGUCGUCCCGCCCCCAUUCUGUGAACUCGAGAGUCUGAAGUCUGGUCCGACAACAGCCCUCCGUCUUGAGCCUAACGGUAGCCGCCCAACGCACUGGCACCUCAAACCUCAAGCUGUCCCGGAUCAACGCUCAGCUGGCGGCAAUGGGUGCUGCCGCAAUUGCUGCUCUGCCGAUCGUCCUACCCUGAAGGAAGCACGGCGAGCUCCCCACCCCACCCCCAAACCGCCUCCAGCGCGCCAGAGCGCGCACCACGUACAACGCCCCGUACGCCCCGUACGCCCUGUCUGGAACCUGUGCGCCUACCCGACGCAGCCGCCUCUGCCCUCCGCCGCUGCCGCCAUGGCCGGCGACUCCAACAACCCGUUCCGCCGCAAGGGCCCCUCCUUCGCGACCCCUCCCGCCAUAUCCGCGCCCAACUUCCCUGGCGCCCACACGAGAAGCAUCGGCGCCGGCAGCGCCUCCGAAGGGGGCCACUACUUUGACCAGCCCCUCGAACCUGCCUCCUCAGACCAGACCCCGGCGUCUAGCAGCGAGAUGUUCAAGCAGCAGCUUCAAUCCCUGCCCAAGUCCGCCCAAGCCCCUCCGUCGACCACGUUCCAGAAGCCCAAGCCCGUCAAGAAGGUCCGCGUCCAGUCGCCCCCGCCCUCGUCGCCCGAGUCUGCCCACGACGACGACUUUGAAGCCCGAUUUCCCCGGGAUCCAGAUUACUCGGCGGGGUUCGCCCUGCACCACCCCCCACGGAGCGACAGCGGAUCUGACGAGAGCGAGGUUGAGGCGGACGGUGAUCCCUUUGUCGGCGGCAGUAGCUCCGUCCCGCCGAUACAGCAGACUGGCGAUGAGGAGACAGGGAUCGGUAGACGUCAUGCGGGCGGGCUGGCGGGACGGGAAGGCUGGGACCCUCUUGGCGUGGAACAGCAACAGGCUUCAUCGGCCUCAUCGGGUCGCACUCCUCCGAACCCUUUCCAGCGCACCCUAGGGGCCCUUGGACAACCAUACAAAGACGGAACAGCCGGCGGGGCUGCUUCGGCGUCUCCUGCUGGCAAGGCGCCACUGGACGUCGACGCAUUUAGACGCUUGCUGAUGACGGGCCAAUCAGAGGCGGCUGCGAAUUCUCAUGGUCAUCACUCACACCAACAGUACGGGAACUCGGCACACCCCCCGGCAGCGCACCACCAGGCCGACGCGGCGAGCAUUACGGAUGCCUCGUCCGUAUCGCGGCACUCCAUUUCCGACGAGCGCUCCAGUAGCGGCAACCCCACAACAGAGACACCUCGCACAUCGCAUGAAAUAUCGGAGCCCGAAGGCGAAGAGGAGCAACACGGCCUGAUAUCUUCAUACGCAAUGCAACCACCGCGGACGACUUUGCGCAAGAAACCACCCCCUCCAGUUUCGAGGCAUGGGAAAUUAAUCAAGGUGGAGUUGGGGAAGGACAACCCCAACGGAGCCGCUCAACCAAGACAGGACGACGUCGGGCUGGCAUCACCCACAGGCUCUUCAACAGACUUGAACAAGCCGCUCCCGCCCGCGCCGAGACAGCAGGUGGACGAUGCCAGGGAGAGUGUUUUCGACCGGGAGGCUGCCGGCAAGAUACCAGAGGUCGACGUCGACCCCGAUGCCCCGGAGGAAGAUAUACCAGCACCACGACCCCCGACGCCGCCGAAUGCCUCCCACUCCACGACAACGCCAGUGCCGGCCUCACAGCCCCAACUCCAAGAGUCUCUAGUGAGCCGCUUCUCAACGGCGGCCACCAGAAAACCGGCGCCGCCACCCAGGAGACAAGCACACGGGAGGAGUGACAGCAGGGCUACGAUAACAUCCAGCGCGUCUCUGUCGUCGCCCACGAUGCCUACACACCCACCAUACUCGCCGAUGAGGGAAAAUCAGUUGGAUGGAUUGGACCAGGGAUCUGAGCGCAAAGUCUCAUCCGAAUCCGUCCGCUCCCGAUCGUCGAGCAUGCGAACCCCUGGGGCAGCGCCGCCCGCCCCGCCGCCCCCUCGCCGACCUAGCAACAUUUCGGCUCCGCCACGCCGGUCUUCAUAUGGGCUUGGGCUGUCGCUUUCACUAGGUGGUCCUCCAGAAACACCAUCCCCGGGGGCAGGCCCGGAGAUUGGCUUGGGGAGCGGACAUGAGGAUGAGCGCAGCCCGAAGGCUCCAAUCACUCCUCCGACGGCUGGCGCGACCCUCAAGAACAGCAACACCCCCAGUCCUAGCAACUCUAUCAGAAGGCCGGCGGUGCUGCUGCCACCGCCGCCGCCCCCGGCAAGACAACGUUCAAUGCGCAAUGGCGGCGGUCGACCUGCCAGCAUAAAGAGCGUCGACUCCACAUCCCGCCGGGCGGGAUCAAGGGAGAAUGGCCCGGCCCCUACUGCAGGGCCGCCUCCGCCUCCUCCGCGUCCGCGGGUUCGUGGUGGUAGCCACACCGACGGUAGCACUGCAGACAGCAGCAGCGGCGCUGUGGGCGUUGGGGAGGGAGACGGUACGCCCGGCGGGGCUGAAAACAUACUGGCGGACCUGGACGCGCUGCAGAGAGAGGUCGAUGCAUUGCGGGGCCAGGUUUCCUGACAUGUCGCGGCGUUUCUACGAGGAGCGGGCGAGGUUGGAGAGACAUGGCCUGUUCUAGCAGCCACAUAAUGGUAGGAAAAUGGGUGUUAUAUAUUGCUAUGGCUUAAUCAGGACAACUAGGAUGUUGAAUGUCUGAAUCUGGGCGUCGCGGCUGCAAUUUCUUUCAUGUGUUCUGGGUGUUGGCUCUGUUAGUAUCGACUCGCGAUGUAGUAUGCUGGCUGGACAUGCAAUGGAUAUGAGGUGCUUGAUUACGGGUAAAUGGAUAGCAAAGCUAUGCUGAGCAGAUUAAGACGGGAUGGGCAUAGUUGCGAAACUGGGUAUUAGCAGCUAGGAAGGAGAGGUUUUGCGAGUAUGUGUUUCGUAGCUGUGAUACAGCAACUCGGGCCCCGUCUUGCUCAAGGCCAGCGAUAGCUCGCAGAUGCCACCGUAUCACCGACCGGCAGUCGGCUGAAACACGGC